GUCGGCCGUCAUCGUCAUCAUUUUCAGGUACACAGCAGCAGACAUGCACUUCCUCAUUCCAUUCCUCUCCUGGAUCAUCUCAUCGGUUCUGCUCACAACGAUAUGCCCCUCAAGGACCUCUUACGAGCUCGCUUCACAACUGCCCUGGACGCUGUCCCGCAGGGGACAUGGAAGAUCCUCAUCACUGACGAGCAUUCCCAAAAGCUGCUGGACACAGUGUACAAGAAUAUCGACAUUCUUCAGCGGAGCGUCACAUCCGUGGAACCCCUUCAUUCACCUCGGAAGCCUCAAAGCUUGGAUGCCGUCUACCUUCUCACGCCGACAGCUCAGAAUGUAGAUCGAGUCGUUGCAGACUUUCAGGGGCGACGGACGUACAGGUCGGCUCAUAUAUUCUUCAUUGACGGCAUCGACGACGGUCUGGCUCAAAGACUCACGCAGAGUAUGCCGCCGGAUAUCCUCAGAUCCUUUGUGGAAUUGUACUGUAAUUUCUGGGCUCUCGAGGACAGAGUGUUUAGCACCAAAACCCCGCAAUCGUUCUUCACGAUGUUUGGCAAUCCCGGCGGGUCGGCGUCUUACGAAUUAGCGCUCGAGGCAUUCGAAGAUGACAUCAAAUUCACCGGAAGGAAUCUGCUGAAUCUCCUCGCCACCAUAAAUGAAAACCCCCACAUUCGAUACUACCAGCCUCAACAUCAUUCUCCGCUCGGCGCUCUUGGUCAGUCCUCAAAUGCUAUCAACGGGACCAUUCCGAUCCCUUCUCAAUCCCAGCAAGGAUCCUCAUUACGUUGGAGAUCGGCUAUGGGCUCCUCUUCCCGCGGACCACAGUCUUCGCCAGAGGUUGAGCAUAUUAGUCGAAAACUUGCGUUUCAGUUACAAUCAGAUCUCGACGAAUACAUUGCGAAUAACCCAGACUUUCAGGAGCCCAAAGGUCGCCCAAAAGCCGUGAUGUUCAUCACGGAUCGAUCUAUGGACCCGAGUGCACCGUUGCUGCACGAGUUCUGGUAUCAGGCAAUGGUGAACGAUUUAUUGCCGGUCAAGGAUGGCAUACAUUAUAAAUACACAUACACAAACACCGUUGGCGGCAAAGAGAUGAAGACGGCAGAAUUGACCGAGGAAGAUCCAGUCUGGGUCUCCGUUCGUCAUCUGCAUAUGAAAGAUGCUAUCGAUACCUUGAUGAGAGAUUUCGGAAAGUUUGUGAAUGAGCACGCAGGAUUCAAUGGAGGGUCCAACGUCAACAUUAAUGAUCUAAAAGACAUGCUUGCCUCCUUGCCCCAAUUCCAGACACAGCGAGAGCAAUUCUCGCUACACUUGGAUAUGGCCCAAGAGUGUAUGGGGACAUUUGAAAAGAAUCGGUUGAAUCUGGCUGCAAAUGUCGAGCAAUGCUGCGCGACUGGUGUCACUGCAGAAGGCAAGACGCCGAAAAAUGUGGUCGAGGAGAUGGUACCUCUGCUGGCGGACAAGGGAUUAUCUGCAUUUGACAAGAUGAGAGUCAUCGCCUUGUACAUCUUGUUCCGUGAUGGCGUGGAGGAUGAAGAUCGUCGGAGGCUGUACUCUCAUGCGAGACUGUCACUGUCGGAGCAAGACGCUGUGAACAAUAUGAUAUAUCUUGGCAUAAAGAUCAUCAAGGACAAGGAGCGACCGAAACCGAAACUGAGGCAGAAAUAUGGCGCAUCAGAGGGAGAAUUUGAGCUCUCAAGGUACAAACCAUUAGUCCAAAUGGUCCUUGAGGACUCGCACAACAAUCGCUUGGAUCAGACAUUCUUCCCUUUCGUUCGUGAUGUUCCGCCGGAACUUAGCUCGCUUCGUCCGGGAGAACGUGGGACGAAUCUUCAACCUCAAUCAUCACUGCGAAGUGCUCGUCCCGCGUGGCACAAGCAGCCGUCACGCAUGGCAAACACUGAAUCGAGACAGAGGAUGAUCAUUUACAUUGCAGGCGGUGUGACGUAUUCUGAAAUAAGAUGCGCCUACACCGUCGGUCAAGCCCUCGGAAAGGAAAUUUUCAUCGGUUCGAGUCACCUCAUCACACCUGAGAGUUAUCUCAGGGAUCUGAAACCUCUUGGUCGGGGAGGAGUUGGUGGAAAUCCACCUGGUGGUCCACCCAUCAGUCCAGAAGCACCCAGGAUAAAUCGAUCACCUGGGUCGUCUAUCCCUUACCAGAGGUUAGUUGUUGGCAUUAAACACACCUUUCGCAUAUGCUAGCGGACCUUGUCACGGAGGCUGACGUAAGUGUAUAGGAUACUUGACCAGCGGUUCUGGGUGAAAGCGGUUCCUCCACCGCCACUUGGCCCACCACCUGGACAGGCUCCUCCUCCUCAGAUGAGCCGCGGUACCUCCAUGUCCAACAUCACCAAUAAAGUCGCCGACAAGGUAUCUGAUCUGGGAAUGUCGAACCUCUCCUUAGGAGGCAGUCAGUCGCGCGAUUCCAGUCUCAGCAAAAAAUCUAAAGACGACGGGAAGAAGAAGGGCCUUUUGGGCAAGAUGAAGUGGUAGUCGGGAGUGGAAGUGGCGACAUCUAACCAGAAGAAAGGU